AUGAAUUCCUCAAAACAAAACGGAGGAGAAAACAAGAUGAAUCAAAGAAAAAUAAAACGUUACCGUAACAGAAAUUGUGAUACGAAUUCAAUACGUUCAUGGUCCAAUACGGUAAAUUUUGAUACUUACAUGUAUAUAGAUGGUAGAAAAUAUCACAAUAUCACAAACAACACAUCAACUUACGUUUUACCAAGUGAUUCUUUUGAAAUUAGAAGAGCUGAUGUCGCACACGAACUUUAUAAGCAACAUUGGGGAAGUAACUUUUCUUCUCCUGUAAAGGAGAAAUUAAAUUCUCCAAAAGGUGCAAAAGUGUUGGACUGCGGUUGCGGCUCAGGAAGAUGGUCAUAUGAAAUGGCGGUUAAAUAUCCAAAUUCAACAUUUGUGGGAUUAGAUAUGGUGCCAGUGUUUUCAAAUAAUGAUAAUGAUGACAAACCAUUAAACCUUGGGUUUUUUGAAUACAACAUAUGUAACGGAUUACCUUUUGAGGAUUCAACUUUUGAUUUUAUAUUUCAAAGGUCCAUGAUGAUAGCACUAAAUAAAUCUCAAUGGAAUACAAUGUUAAAUGAAUUCGCUAGAGCUAUGAAACCCGGUGGCUGGCUGGAAUUAAUGGAAAUACAAGUUAAUGAAAAUAAUUUGACUAGAACCGCCAGGAAAUUUCAAAACGCUCUCAAUAAAUACCAUCAAGCAAAUAACCAUUAUCUUUGUCACGACUUCCCGUUUUAUCAUCUAUUAAAGUCAACGAACAAAUUUACUUCAAUAAAAGUAAUAGAGAAGAAAGUUGCCGUGGGUAAAUGGGGAAAUGAUUUUGGAUUAGAGGUGGCCGACGUAUUAAUUGAAGUUUAUAGAAGCAUAAAACCAAAGGUAAAAAGAAUAAUGAACGUUACGGAUUCAGAAUAUGAUGAAUUACUACAAAAACUUUCUUCCGAAGUAAGAAGUACAAGUAAUAAUUACAUGUAUAUCACUACCGCCAAGGCUAUCGCCAGGAGAAUAUGA